ACAGUUCAUAUCGGGAUUCCACAACCUCGAUUUCGCUUUUUGGCCUAAGGUAGAAUAGAAAUUCAGAAAAAAAGAUUGAUAACGUGUAUACUUCGGCUGUCAGUGCACAAAUUAUGUACAGUAGCAGUACGCAGAACAAGUUCUGGACAUUUCAAAGUCAAGAGGAAUUUCUCUCUCACCGUGAAGAAGCAUGGAACAAAUACACGUCUGAUAGCUUCGAGAACCGUGAUCCUACCAACAUCUUGACGGUCGAAGAACAAACAAACCUCGUUGAUUACUAUGUAUGUUUUGUUCGAGAUCUUUGCAACAUGUUUCAACCAACGCCACCUCCUACCAUUUUUGGGACUGCGGCAAUUUACUUUAAAAGAUUUUAUCUAAACACCUCUCCUAUGGAAUAUCACCCGAGAGAGGUGGCCUAUUUGUCUGUUUAUCUUGCAACAAAAGUGGACGAAUACAAUGUCUCGAUAAGCCAAUUUAUUCAGCAGCUAGCACCGAAAUACGAAAAGGUACAGGACUUCAUAAUCACAAAUGAGCUUCUGUUAAUGCAGAAGCUUCAUUUUCACUUAACAGUUCACAAUUCAUUUCGACCGAUGGAAGGCUUUAUCAUAGACUUGAAGGCAAGAUUUAAAGGCUUAACAGACAUUGAUAAGUUCAGGCAAAACGCUGAAACUUUUAUAAUAAAGGCACUACAUGCAGAUACAUUUUUUAUUUAUACACCAAGUCAAAUAGCAUUAGCAGCACUGAAGGCAAGUAUAGGGAAUCCCCUUGAAGAUUAUAUUGAGAAUACCAUUGGGCAAGGUGCAGACACAUCUAAACUUUUAUUAAAGCUUGACCAAAUAAUAAACAUGGUUAAAGUCUUCAAGAUGCAACCAAAAGAUGUAAUUGACAAAAUUAUAACAAAGCUGGAGAUUUGCAGAAGUCAGGAGCACAAUCCACUAAGUGAACAUUACAGAGCAAAUGAAAUGCUUGCACAGGAACAGAGGGAAAAAGCUAAGGAUGAAAUAUACAAGAGGCUGGAAGAGAAUAAAGAAGACAAUAUAUCGGGAAUUGACUUCAUGAUAGAGUGAAUGACAUCAUGCUAGCUUGGUUUAUUGGCAAAGUAUUUUAUUCCAUAUAUACUUAGUUUGCCUUUGUGUUAUUGAUGGAAAAAUUUCUGAC